UUCCUGUUUCUCGUUUACCCUUUUUGUACAAAGAAUUUGUGCCAAGAAGAGUUUGUCCUGCGGACGGAGAGACUGACUGUCUCAACCAUCAAAUCAGGAUGUUUGUUCUCAUGUGUGCGACUCUGCUUUUCUCUUUGGGAUGCAGCACUGCUGACACAGGUGCACCAGUGUGGGGAAGACCAGACUGUAGAAAUGGAUUCUGUAUCACACUGAGUGAAGGAGAUAUAACAGCAGAGGCUGGACUCUGUGUUGUGAUACCGUGUUCAUUCACUGUUGACUACUAUACUCGCUUUACAUCCCAACAUAUGGUUUGGUAUAAAUGUGAAGGAAGAUGUAGAGAUCAAGACAUCAUACUGGACUCUGACAACAACAACAUGGUUCAGUCUGGGUUCAAAGGACGAGUUUCACUGUUGGAGCCUGACGUGAAUCAGAAGAAAUGCAGCAUCAUCAUCAAUGACCUCACUGAGUCAGACUCUGGAUCAUAUCAGCUCAGAGUCAAUGGUUUCUCAUAUGGGUAUCGAAGUGGAUUUAAUUUCCCCACAAAAGCAACUUUCUCUGUUAAAGGUCUGACCCAGAAGCCCACAGUGAUGGUUCCUCCUCUGACAGAGGGACAGCAGACCACACUGACCUGCACUGCUCCUGGUCUCUGCUCUGGAUCUGUUCCUACAAUCACCUGGACGUGGAGAGGAGCAGGAGAGGACGACUCUCACAUCUCAGGAAACAUCACAGCUUUCAAGACUGAGAAUCUGACUGCUGUCACUCAGAGACACAGCUCAACUUUGACCUUUAACUCUUCAGCUGAACACCACGGCAGCAUUAUCACCUGUAAGGUCCGCUUCACAAACGGCACCACCACAGAGGAGACGAUGACUCUGAAUGUGACCUCCUAUCCAAAGAUCCUGAACCACUCUCAGUGUGAGCAUCAGUCAGAUGUCCUGACCUGUGUGUGUAUCAGUGAGGGGUUUCCUUCACCCACUGUCCAAUGGCCGCUGUUGCAGAACCACACUGAGUUCUCAGUUAUGACCUCUGUGUCAAAACACACAGUCAGCAGCACUGUCACCCUGACUGUAAAAGACCACAGCAACACUGUUGUUGAGUGUAUCAGUAGCAAUGAAGCUGGAGAAAUACAAUGGAACAUCCCCAUCACGACUUCAGAGAGCCGAGAAGGUAGCUUUUGCCAACAAUGGGCCAGCUUCCUGCCUCAGUCAGUCCAGGGACUAAGUGGAUCUUGUGUGAGAGUCUCCUGCAGGUUCACCAUUCCCUCAGGAUGGGAUUCAAGCUUGAAUCCUUUGUGUAGAGCCAUUUGGAAGAGAGGCUACAUAGCGAUGUUUAAUACUAGCAACACUGGAGGAAGAGCAGACCUGACGGGGGACCUGCUUCAGAAGGACUGCAGCACCAUCUUAAAAAACCUGAAAUUAACCGAUUCUGGAACCUAUGACUUCAGACUGGAGUGUAACAACGGUCUGAAGUUCAACUUUUGGAAUACGGUGACCCAAAUCACCAUUACAGAUUCUUUGCCCAGUCCUUCAAUAACUCCCUCCAGUCUGGAGGUGGAAGAAGGGACUCCAGUGAGGUUAAACUGCUCCGCUGUAGCUCCCUGUCCCAUUCUUCCCCCGGCUCUGACUUGGACCCCAACUAUAGGUGACGUUGAGGAGAACCCGGAAACUGAAUUCAUGACCUCUGCUAUCAGCUUCACUGCUUCUGAACUCCACAACGGACAGAGACUCGUGUGUGCUGCUCUCUACAGUCGACAAAGUGCCAGCAGUCCCUUUGAGACUGAUACAAAUUUGACCCUCCAAGUUCUUUAUCCUCCUAAAAACACAUCAGUCAGCUACCCUAGUCCUGUAAGAGAGGGAACCUCGGUGACCCUGACCUGCAGCGCCAACGCAAAUCCAGCUGUGAACAGCUACACCUGGUACAAAGUGGAUGGAGGUCAGGAGACAGAAGUGGGUUCAAAUAAACAGGUUUUAACUACGGUCUCAGAAGCGGACGAACAAUUUUACUGCAAAGUCGCUAACAAAUAUGGAACCCAGAACUCCUCUGUUACUGAUAUGGACGUACAAUUUCCUCCCAAGGAAGUCACAGUAGUCGUCGAGCCUGAAGGUCCAAUACUGGAGGGCAGCUCUGUUACUCUGUUCUGCAGGAGCCGUGCCAACCCACCUGUGGCUGUGUCCAACUACACCUGGUACAAAGAUGACGAAGAGGACGAGUCUGGAGAGAGCUGGGUUAUAAACCAUGUCGACCCGAGCUACAGUGGUGCCUACCACUGUGCAGCAAGAAAUGAGCUGGGGGAGGAAACAUCAGCAUCGAUUCAGCUGGACGUUCAGUAUGUGAGGGAACCUAUUAUCACCGGGGACACACAUGUAAGGGAAGGAGAUUCUCUGAGUCUGACGUGCAGCGUUGAAAGUUUUCCUCCGGCUCCUAUCACAUGGACUGUACUCGGCUCCAACACAAACCUGUACGAUGGACUUCAUGCUGACCUGCAGAACAACUCAGGCUCGGCUGCACUCUUUCUCCCUAAUGUGACUGUUCAACACUCUGGACGGUACAUCUGUACAGCCAAACAUCUGGACCGCACUGUGACUGCAUCUGCUGAAGUAACUGUGACUUCAGAUCAACAGGCACCAUGUGCAGUGCUUCCCUGGGUCGUCGUCGCUGGUGUUUCUCUCGUUGUGAAUGUCAUCUGCAUCAUCCUCUUGGUGUUCCUUUGGAACACAAGAAAUAAGGUGAAACCAAAGCAAGAGGACAGAACGUACAUGUCACUAAAGAGAACCGACCAGAGUAUGAUGUCAUCGCUCAACCUCUGCACUAACAACAAGCCGUUCAACAUGUAGAAGGAUGCCACUUUUCUUUGCAUUGUAUUUCAUUUAAAUGCAAAUUUUUCAGUAUUAUUUUUGAACAUUAUUGACUCAGAGCAAUAUUUCAAUGUAAUCACAGUCAGAUUUACCUGCUUUGCAUUCUGCAUUUCUCCGCCAGUCUGCACAUCUGACAAAAGGCAUUUUCAACAUGAACUGUUUUAAAUUUGAUUUCAACAUGUUAUUGUGAUUGCAAGUUUAUCUUUUAUUAUUACACAACUUUGACGAAUACUUUUAUUAUUAUUAUUAUUACUUAUUUUGUGAUCAAACCACAGUUGAAUCUUGGGUUCAUUUGUGGACUUUAACAUUUGUGGACUAAAAUGCAAAAGCAUUCUGAGUCAACUCACAAAAUGGCAUUUCACCUCCAUUUUGAGCUCUCUGAUAAGGAACAACCAGAGAUCUCCCUUCCAUCGUGAAUUCUCUCCCAGAAUGCUCGGCGUUUACGACAUCUACAAGCCAACCUCAUUGGUCAAGGGACCUUUGACACCGCAGAUGGGCCCCUGAUAAAAAAGAUCAGAGACCCCUCAUCUUUCUCUUUCUUUACUGCUUGCUGAAGCAGCAACACCUCCAUCCAGGAGAGGCCUGGAUUCCUGAGGUGAGGCCUUCUUCCUUCUGAGGGAUUCCACAAGGAAUCCUGAAAAACUGCAACUCUGACCUUCUCUGUGCACCAAAGUUGCAUUAAUGAAAGCAAAGUUCAUUGCAACUGCCAGAAAAAGCUUCACCUCAACAACAAGGACGAACCAGCAACUUAAUUUGCAAGGAAGCCAAUUAUUGAAACUCAACCUGAAAUCAAUUUCUUUCCACGCCCUCCAUCGAAAAGGACCCCCCCCCCCCCCUUUUCCAACUGGACUGUGAGUAAUGUAACUGAGCUCAAAUAAGCAAUCAGCAAAGACUUGUAGUAGAAAGGACUUGACCUGUAAUUAAUCUUUUGGUUUAUAUGUGUUUAAGUAUAUUUGUUGUGAUAUUCGUGUAGCAAUAUCAUUCAAAGUUGUAUGUUAAUCUUGUUUUAUACAGACAGUCAGUCUUGUAUGUAACUAACUUACUAUCCGUUGACCUGCUCACACACUGAUUUACACAUAAUAUACUUUAAAUUAGCUGUAACAAAGACACAGUUUUGUAACAACUCACACUGGCCAUAAGGGCAGGCAUAGCUUCACAGCUUGAGUUUAUGACCCUUUGUGUGACGAGCCUCACACACACACACACACACACACACACACACACACACCUUUUUCUCUCUUUUAUAAUGUAGUUCUCUAUACUCCAUAGAUGUGUGCUUUAAUUUGCUUUACUUGUUUUUUAGAAUAAAUACCGUUACCACUACUAAAUAUUAAUAUGGUCAUUUGAUUACAAUUAUACUCAUAAUUAUUAAUCAGUGUUCCAAAUUGAUAGUUUAGUAACUAUAUGAGACUGAUUUAGGUGAAUUGGCUAUACUUUUCUGUUUUACAGAUGGUGCCCUCAAUGAGCUAUGACUUAGAGCAGAUCAAGUCAUAUCAUUUGUUAUAAUUAAUAAUUAUGAUAAUUAUUAAUAAUUCUGAUAGCCAUCUAACCACACUUUUGAUCUGUGAGAUCAACACAAGUGUUACUCAGGUUCAUCCUUACAUAUUUGGUAUCCUUAUGGGAGGGAUAGCAUUCAUGAUAAUGCCCUUUUAUUAACAUAAUUGACGCCCUGUGCAAAGUAUUUUUUAUUCAUAAAAGAGGCAUCCUUAAUUCCCAACACUUAUUAUUUUUUAAAAGCAGACUGCUGCUGUGGACAUAGUCAUGAACAUAAUGUGCAGAUAAAAUCUCUUUUUAAUCAAUAAAAUACAUUUGAAUCCAAUAUUUUUCUGUUAAAUUAUAGAUUUCUUCAGUAAGUAGCAGUGUAACAAGCAU